AUGAGACGGCAAGUGCUGUUGUUUGUGUCGGUUCUCUCCCUCAGCUCGGUGGCCGGGCAGGUCAGCUAUUCCGUCCCCGAGGAAAUGGCAAAGGGUUCUUUGGUCGGGAAUAUAGCACAGGAUUUAGGGUUGGAUCUGAAGCGACUGAAAUCGGGCAACGCUCGCCUGCAUGUGGGGAACAGUGCUGAAUACAUCGAGCUGGAUAAGGACCGCGGAGUGCUGCUGGUCAGAGAGAGGGUCGACCGCGAGGCGUUGUGCAGACAAACGACGCCUUGCGCUUUACAUUUCCAGCUUAUUCUCGACAAGCCGAUCGAGUUCUACCGCAUUACCGUGGAGAUAACGGAUAUAAAUGACAAUGCUCCGGCUUUUAAGACGAAAAGUAUGAUAUUUGAGAUAAGUGAAUCGGCCGUUAAAGGGGCGAAAUUUUCUUUGGAGAGGGCGUUUGAUUCCGAUGUUGGGUUGAACGGACUUAAAAGCUACACCCUCAACCCGACGGAUAACUUCCACUUGAAAUUAUAUGACCACGCCGACGGAGGAAAGGAGGUGGAGAUGAUUCUGGAGAAGCCCCUCGAUCGCGAGAAACAAGAGCAAAUCUCUCUUCUAUUAACAGCAGUGGACGGGGGCGAACCCCAGCUGUCAGGGACGGUGCAGAUUCAUGUAACCGUGUUAGAUGUCAACGACAAUGCUCCGGUAUUUACCCAGUCCGUCUAUAAGGCCACUUUAGUGGAAAAUUCACCGAAAGGAACUUUAUUGACGACUGUAAGUGCCACAGAUUUAGACCAUGGUUCAAAUGCUCUGGUAACGUAUUCUAUUGCGAGCAUUAUAGAUGGAAUUACGGACUUAUUUGAAGUGGACGGGACUAGUGGGGAUGUACGUUUAAUUGGCAAUAUUGAUUACGAAACAUCGAAACAUUACCAGCUAGAUAUUAAAGCAAAAGAUCAUGGCGGACAUACUGAUUCUUGCAAAAUAGUAAUUGAUAUCAUUGAUGUAAAUGACAACAGUCCUGUAAUUGACUUGAUGUCGACUACGCAAACAAUUCGCGAAGAUUCCGCCGCGCAGACAGUCGUUGCUAUUAUGAGUGUUCACGACCCCGAUUCUGAUAAUAACGGAGUAGUUAAUUGCUUUUUAAGAGAUAACGUUCCGUUUAUAAUCAAACCUACAUCUGACAUGUUUUAUAGCCUGGUGACAGACAGUGAUCUGGACCGAGAGAGAGCCUCAGAGUAUAAUAUCAGUAUAACGUGUUGUGAUGAGGGAGUGCCCUCUCUCUCCAGCAGCGUCACUCUCACCUUACACAUCUCAGAUGUGAAUGACAACGCGCCUGUCUUUGAGAGGAGCUCAUAUGAGGCCUACAUUGUAGAAAACAACACACCGGGUCUCUCCAUAUUCACAGUGAAAGCCACAGACGCUGACUGGAACCAGAACGCCCGUGUCUCUUAUAUACUGGAGGACUCCUCAGUUAACGGAGUGCCCGUCUCCUCCUAUGUGUCCGUCAGUGCUGAUAGUGGAGUCAUCCAUGCAGUUCGCUCUUUUGACUACGAGCACAUCAAGGAUUUCCACUUGUGUGUUAAAGCGCAGGAUGGAGGCUCUCCUCCACUCAGUAGUAACGUGACCGUGAACAUAAUGAUCCAGGACCAGAACGACAACGCCCCUCAAGUCCUGUACCCAGUCCAGACCAGCAGCUCUGUGGUGGCUGAAAUGGUGCCUCGCUCAGCAGAUGUGGGCUAUCUGGUGACUAAAGUGGUGGCUGUUGAUGUGGACUCUGGACAGAAUGCCUGGCUCUCCUAUAAGCUGCAGAAAGCCACAGACAGGGCGCUGUUUGAAGUGGGCUUACAGAAUGGGGAAAUAAGGACUAUCCGCCAAGUCACUGAUAAAGAUGCUGUGAAACAAAGGCUGACUGUUGUAGUGGAGGACAACGGGCAGCCCUCUCGUUCAGCUACAGUCAAUGUUAACGUGGCGGUGGCGGACAGCUUCCCUGAAGUGCUCUCGGAGUUCACGGACUUUACGCACGACAAGGAGUACAAUGACAACCUGACUUUUUACUUAGUCUUGGCUUUGGCUGUAGUGUCCUUUCUCUUCAUCACCUGCUUAGUGGUCAUCAUAUCAGUGAAGAUAUACAGAUGGAGACAGUCUCGCAUCCUCUAUCAUUCCAGUCUGCCGGUGAUUCCCUAUUAUCCACCACGUUACUCAGACACUUUGGGGACAGGGACUCUCCAACACGUGUACAAUUACGAGGUGUGCAGGACGACUGACUCCAGAAAGAGUGACUGUAAGUUCGGCAGAGCCGGUAGUCAGAACGUGCUGAUAAUGGAGCCCAGUUGUACAGGGACGAUGCAGCGGAUCCAGAAUGAAAAGAACAUCCUGGAUGAACCAGACUUUGAUUCAGAGGUUAGUGUUUACAAAAACUGUUGA